UGAAGGAGGAACAGCUUAUCCUGCUCUCUCUUGUCCUUACUGAUAACUUUGCCUGAGUUAUUUUUAAAGUGACAGUUUUUAUAGUUAUAUGUUACUUUUUUGACAUCAUAACUGGAUUACUUCUAACCUAAAGGACCGAGGGAUUUUCUUACUUUUAUUUUUUACCUUACUUUUCUUCAUCUCCAAGUUGAACCAGGACAAAAUGCCUCCGGCCGACCCCAGAGACCUCAGCAGUAUUAUACAACGACUUCAGUCUAUAGAAAUGAAGAUCAAACUGCUGGAGGUGAACUUUGAAAUCAACGCUAACUGUGGAAACGAGACAACUCUUCCUCAAAACGACGGAGAGGUCGUACGCCUCGCAUCAAGCAGCCCACCCUGGAAUGCUCUGGGUGCCAAGCCGAAGCAAAAGUCUCACACUGCGGAUCUGAUGAGACGACUGUCAGGGAGAACCCCUCACCUGGACAAAUCGGCGUGGCCGGCUCUGAGCCGAAACCCACCCUCAACUUCAACACCUGCUCCACCGAAGAAAAACAAACAAGCAGCUGCAACCAAAACAGCUCCACCGACUCCGCUCCCAAGGACAGAGCAACCAGCCCAGACCUCAAAACAUUCUGACUCUGUGGGAAUCCCACUGAAAAACAGAUUUUCUGCACUCCAGCCUGAGCCUCUGAGUGAAACCUCACCAUCAAACAUCAACAAUGAGGCAAGACCAACACAUCCACCCCCCAAGACCCUAAAGGACAAAGCGACCACCAGGAAAACGAAAGGUACGCCAAAAGUGCUUAUUGUUGGAGAUGAAGCAAUAAAUGGAAUCAGUCACGUCUGCAAUCCCAAGAAAACCAGAGUGAUUUCUUUUCCUGGUGACACUGUGUCUGAUUUAACUCGCAAAGUUCUCUCUCUAACCGCUGAUCAGCCAGAUAUUGAGUGUUUAGUGGGAAAAUUAAAAAUGAAGUUAUUUCUCAGUGGUCCAAUUCCAUCACCUCAAUGGGGAGACGAAAAACACUCCAGGCUGGGCAUGAUAAACAAAUGGCUGAUUAAAACCUGCUCUACCAGCUCAGUGACCUUCAUCGAUAACCUCUGGAUCUAUUGGCAGCGCUUUCACCUUUUUGGAAGAGGCGGACGCAAUCUUAAUAAACAUGGGAUAAAGCUACUCACUGCAAACCUUUUUUAUUUUAUCAACAAGGACAGCAACGUCAUCAUCGCUUCAGAAGAACAGGCUCGAGGACGUCUGAUUAGGAUGGAACCCUCCACGUAUCAGGAGCCAAAACAAGCUGAUACAACAUCGACUGGAGACGGAGCGACUGGUUCCCUUCCUCCUCCGCCCCCUCCUGGCUCAUCCACUCAUUCACAGGAUUCACAGGAUUCACAAGACACCUUUGGAGAAAUGUCUUCUGGACCAGAGUUUCUCAAUUUUACAGACGGAAUGAAUCAACAGGUUCUACUUGGGACGUCUCUCCUUCGCACUCAUGCUACAGACCUCACUACAUUUAAGCCACCUGCCUCUGAUUUCCCAGAGGAUCCAUCACUCUCCAUUUCUGAGGUCUGAGGCCGGGGUCCAGAUAUUAUCUUUACACCUGUCUUACUCCAGAAUGUGUCUGGCCCCCUGGCACUUCAAAAUAGGGCAUUACCUGUCCGGAUCACUACAAGAAAAGUUACAAAAAACAGAAACAUAAAAUACAGUGGACCUAAUUCAAACCUCAGACGGUUCCCCUGCCUAAAGGAACCUCAGACUCAAGAACGUUUGGCCUCCAAGUCACUAAAAUUAGCUCUUUUAAAUACCAGAUCUCUCUGUGCUAAAGCUCUAUUAAUCAAUGAUUUCAUCACUGAACAUAAUAUCGAUGUUAUGUUCCUGACAGAAACAUGGUUGAAUGACAAUAAUGAACCGAUCGUACUAAUUGAAUCUGCGCCUCCUAACUACAAUUUCUUAAGUGAGAAUAGAAAACAUAAAAAAGGAGGAGGCGUGGCUUCAAUAUUUAAGAAUACCGUAAAUAGUAGUAAAAUUUCUUUGGGUCACUUUACUUCUUUUGAGUAUCUUGGAAUUGAGAUUAAAGGCCUCAAACGGACUUUAACACUAACUUUAUACAAAACUCCAACAUAUGUGGAAAAUUUCUUUACUGAGUUGAAUGAACUUCUAUCUCUCGUAUGUAUUAAUUAUGAAUGCUUAAUAGUUGUUGGUGAUUUUAACGUUCACGUUGACAACCCCCAAGACAGAGGGGCUAAAAACCUUUCUAAUAUCCUAGAGACUUUUGGUCUAACACAACAUGUCAAACAAGCAACACACACUCAAGGACACACACUGGACCUGGUUAUCAGUAAGGGUGUGAAUAUUU